AUCUAGUUCCAGACGAGUAUAAUUGGGGUUAUUAGAAAAAGCCAUACCCAUUGAGAGAAUCAAUAAUGGCCAAAGAAGAAGCUAAGCUUCAUAUAGCAAUGUUUCCAUGGCUGGCCUUUGGCCACAUGAAUCCGUUUCUAGAGCUUGCCAAGCUCAUCGCUCAAAAGGGUCAUCGUAUCUCUUUCAUUUCCACACCAAGAAACAUUGAUCGCCUUCCUAAACUCCCUCCAAAUCUUUCCUUUCUAAUCAACUUCGUCAAAAUCUCACUGCCUCAGUCAGAGAACCUCCCCGACGAAGCCCAAGCCACCAUAGACUUGCCAAGAGAAAAAGUCCCGCACUUAAAGAACGCACACGAUCGUCUCCAAGAUUCCAUGGCCCAAUUUCUUCAAUCUUCGAAACCUGAUUGGGUUGUAUAUGAUUUCUCAGCUCACUGGCUACCAAAUACAGCUAGGAACUUGGGAAUUCCGAGCGUCUUCUUCUCCAUAUUCACUGCCUCCUCUUUGUCCUUCAUGUGUCCAACACUGACCGACGAUGAUCGCAACAAGCCUGAGGAUUACACAGUUCCACCGUAUUGGGUUCCAUUUCCAACCAAGGUAGCAUAUCGGUUGUUCGAAGUUUUGAAAAUCUACGACAAUGUAAGUGGUGAUGAUGGAGCUAUUUCGGUUUUCCGAAGUUUCGUAGAAGUCUUGAGAGGUUGUGAUGUUGUGGCUGUGAGAACUUGCACGGAGUUCGAACCCGAAUGGUUGAAUCUUUUGCAAGAUGUCCAUCGGAAGCCCCUUUUUCCGGUUGGUGUGCUAGCACCAAAAGCAACAGACGACGAAGAAUGGAGGUCGAUCAAGGAGUGGUUAGAUUUGCAACCCAAACGCUCGGUGGUGUAUAUUGCGUUUGGUACGGAAGCCAAACUUAGACAAGACGAGCUCACCGAGAUAGCUCAUGGAUUAGAGCUAUCUGGAUUGCCUUUCUUCUGGGUUCUUAGACUCCAUCAUGGUCCAUUGGAUUCUGAGCUUCAACUACCAGAAGGGUUCGAAGAACGAAGCAAAGGCCGCGGAAUUGUGUGCACCACUUGGGCACCCCAGAUCAAGAUUUUAGCUCAUGACUCUGUUGGAGGGUUCUUGAGCCAUUCAGGAUGGAGUUCUGUGGUGGAAGCUCUUCAGUUUUCGAUACCGCUAGUGUUUUUCACGAUUGCCAAUGAUCAAGGCCUGAAUUGCUCACUUUUUGUGGAGAAAAAAAUUGGGUAUGCGAUUCCUAGAGACGAACGGGACGGGUCGUUUACGAGGCAAGGUGUGGCUGAUUCGCUGAGACUCGUUGCUGUGGAAGAAGAGGGAAAGUGUUAUAGAGACAAGGCCAAGGAGAUGAGUGAGCUGUUUGGUGACAAGGUUAGACAGGCGAAGUACGUGGAUAAGUUUGUAGAUCACCUUAUAACUAACAGACCUCAAAAAAAAGCAGAAGAUUAUGGAAAGAAAGUAAAUGAAAAUGUCUAGCAACUCCGACGUCCGGUUUUCCUUUCUGUGAAUCUUUGAUGAUUUACUGGGAAAAUACCAUGGAGAUGACUGAUGAGGGCUAUUUGGUUUGUAUGAAGUGAGUUCUCUUUUGUUUACAAAACCAAAUUUUUUUUUCAAUUACUCUAGCUCUUUGAGAAUUUAAAUCUGUAUAAAGUAAGUUCUAUUUGGUUUUCAAAACACCUCGGUAACCAUUAUGGUUCCAUCGCUAGCUGAAUGUGUAUGUGUUGUGCGUGUAUAAUUUUAAUUGAUUCUAUAUCAAUCUUCGACACUCUCAGUGUGUCAUUUUAAUGUAUAACAACA